AUGGCUGAGACCGAGGCAGAGUUGCAAGCCUAUCUCAAGGAGCACAAUGUCGAAUCUCUGCUCAAGGACAUUGUCGUGAAGCUCUGCGUGGACAAGCCCGAUGAUGAACUUGACUUUAUCAAAAACUACAUGAUUCAGCUGCAGCGCGAGCGCGGCACCAACGUCGAAGACGACGAAGAAGAAGAAGAAGAGGCCGAUGCCGGACCCAUCAGCCGCGGCCGCUCGCGCCGUGCCGCCAUUAGUGCCAGCGUCAUGACGGAGGACGACGUCGAGGACUACCAGCGCAAGGUCAUUCGCAAGGAUGCCCCCACCAUGCUGCGCCUGCAAAAGGCCGUCUCGGACAACGUCCUCUUCCAGCACCUCGACAGCGAGGAGCUGACCGAGGUCCUCGACGCCAUGUUCCUCAUCAAGAAGCAGGCCGGUACCGAAAUCAUCACCCAGGGCGAUGAGGGUGACAACUUUUACGUCGUUGAUGCCGGACAACUCGAGGUCUGGAAGAAGGACGACGGCGCCGACGAGUCCAAGAUGGUCCUCGAGCUCACCACCGGGGGCAGCUUUGGCGAGCUGGCCCUCAUCUACAACCAGCCUCGUGCUGCCACCGUCAAGGCCAAGACGGACGUCCAGCUCUGGGCCCUCGAUCAGGACACAUACCGCCGCAUCCUCAUGGGUAGCACCAUCCGUAAGCGCAAAAUGUACGAAACCUUCCUCGAGAAGGUCCAGAUCCUGGCCGACGUCGACAAGUACGAGCGUCUCCAGGUGGCCGACGCCCUCGAACCCUGCACCUUUGCCGAUGAAACCAACAUUGUCAAGCAGGGCGACGAAGGUGAUGACUUUUUCAUCAUUGUCGAGGGUACUGCCGUCGUCACACAGAGCAACGACAAGGGCGAGUCUGGUCAGGUCGGCGAGCUGGGUGCAGCCGAUUACUUUGGCGAGAUUGCUCUGCUCAAGGACAACAAGCGCCACGCCACCGUCACUGCCAAGGGUGAGGUCAAAUGUGUCAAGCUUGAUCGCGAGACCUUUGAGCGGGUCCUUGGCCCCAUUGAAGACAUUCUUCGCCGUAACAUGGAGAACUACCAGAAGUUUACGGGUUCCGCCUAAAAUAUGCAGACCACAUGCGGUGCCCUAAGCACCGUCCUCACUUU